CUGGGAGUGAGAAGUUUUACACAGUUUCAUUUGGAUUCUACUCAGAAACUACCACGAACGCCUUGAACAGUAUCCAUUUGGACAAGACAAUCAGAACCAUGUGUGGGAUAUUUGCCUACCUGAAUUACUGUGUGCCUCGCACCAGAAAGGAGAUAUUUGAGACGCUGGUGAAGGGACUGCGAAGGCUGGAGUACAGAGGCUAUGAUUCAGCAGGCAUCGCUGUGGACGGCGACAAGAAGACAACGACAGAAGACAACAGCAAAAUUGUUCUCAUCAAGAAGAAAGGCAAAGUGAAGGCCCUGGAUGAAGAGCUCUACAAGAAAGACUGCAUGGAUCUGGAGGUGGAGUUGGACACACACUUUGGCAUUGCUCACACACGCUGGGCCACACACGGUGAACCCAGUGCCCUCAACAGCCAUCCCCAGCGCUCCGACAAGAACAACGCGUUUGUUGUCAUCCACAAUGGCAUCAUCACCAACUACAAAGAGUUAAAGAAGUACCUGAACUCCAAGGGCUACGAGUUUGAGUCCGAGACGGACACAGAGGUCAUCCCUAAACUGAUAAAAUAUGUUUACGACAACCGUGAGAAAGAAGACUUGUCCUUCUCUACGCUGGUGGAGAGGGUCAUUCAACAGCUGGAGGGGGCCUUCGCCCUGGUGUUCAAAAGCCAUUAUUUCCCCGGAGAGGCUGUAGCCACCAGGAGAGGAAGUCCUCUUCUCAUUGGUGUGCGGAGCAAGUAUGAGCUUUCCGCAGAGCACAUCCCGAUCCAGUACAACAGUGCACCAUACUACUCUGUCCUGAGGGACUGUGCAGUCACCCCAGUGUCUACAGAGCGACAGGGGGCUGCUGAGCCCAUAGGUCUGUUCAAGGAGGGGAUAGAACAGGAUAAGAACAGCCACAACCGGCCAGACAAGCCAGACAACUCCACUGCUGUGAAUUCAGUUGGAGACGGCAAGGCUGUAGAGUACUACUUUGCCUCCGACGCCAGUGCCAUCAUAGAGCACACCAACAAGGUGAUCUACCUGGAGGAUGAUGACAUUGCAGCAGUGGUCGGGGGCAAGUUGUCCCUCCAUAGGCUGAACAGCCUGGCAGGGGAGAAUCCAGUCCGGGCAAUCCAGACCCUCCAGAUGGAACUACAGGAGAUUAUGAAAGGUAACUUUGAGGCAUUUAUGCAAAAGGAGAUCUUUGAGCAGCCAGAGUCUGUCUUCAACACCAUGAGGGGACGGAUCUGUUUUCACACCAACAAAGUGAUCCUGGGAGGGCUGAAGGACCACCUGAAGGAGAUCAAACGCUGCAGACGCCUCAUCGUGAUUGGCUGUGGAACCAGCUUCCACGCUGCCGUGGCUACCAGACAGAUUCUGGAGGAGCUGACAGAGCUUCCUGUCAUGGUGGAACUGGCUAGUGACUUCCUGGACCGCAACACACCCGUCUUCAGAGAUGACGUCUGCUUCUACAUCAGCCAAUCAGGUGAGACAGCAGACACUCUGAUGGCUCUGAGGUACUGUAAGGAUAGAGGAGCUCUGACCGUGGGGGUCACCAACACAGUGGGCUCCUCCAUCUCCAGAGACACAGACUGUGGGGUGCACAUCAACGCUGGUCCAGAGAUCGGUGUGGCCAGCACCAAGGCCUACACGAGCCAGUUUGUGGCUCUCAUCAUGUUUGGUCUGAUGAUGAGUGAGGACAGGAUCUCCCUGCAGCCGAGGAGGCUGGAGAUCAUCAAUGGACUUAGGAUUCUCCCAGACAUGAUCAAGAAGGUUCUGACUCUGGAUAAUAAGAUCAAGUCCAUAGCAGAUGAGCUGUAUCAGCAGAAGUCUCUGCUGGUCAUGGGACGAGGCUUCAACUACGCCACCUGUCUGGAGGGGGCACUGAAAAUCAAGGAAAUCACGUACAUGCAUUCAGAGGGCAUCCUGGCUGGGGAGCUGAAGCACGGCCCUCUGGCUCUGAUUGACAAGCACAUGCCCGUCAUCAUGAUCAUCAUGAAAGACGCCUGCUACACCAAGUGUCAGAACGCACUGCAGCAGGUCACAGCCAGAUCGGGGCGGCCGAUUAUCCUGUGCUGCCAGGACGACCAGGAGAUGUCUAAAAAUGCGUAUAAGACCAUUGAGCUGCCUCACACAGUGGACUGUCUCCAGGGCAUCCUCAGUGUCAUCCCUCUGCAGCUCCUGUCCUUCCACCUGGCCGUGCUACGGGGAUACGACGUGGACUGUCCCAGGAACCUGGCCAAGUCUGUCACUGUGGAGUAAUAGCAGACAGAUAGACAGGAGGCAGACAGGACAGGAGGCAGUAGAGACCAUAACACUCUGCUCAAGAGAAACACUGAGUGGAGGCUUACACAUAAAAGUGCAAUUGUGUGUGUGUGUGUGUGUGUGUGUGUGUGUGUGUGUGUGUGUGUGUGUAAAUCUCACGACUGUUUGACCAUCUGUCCAAUCAGCAGCAUUAUCACCAAUAAUGUUUCCAAAGCAAGAGACUAUACACUACUGUGCCUUGUACCCAAUUGGUGCCUUGUCCACAAACAGUUGAGCCAAAAACACCAAAUGUAGGAAUAAUGCAUUGACUUGGUAGAUUGAAGUGCUUAUAACUCUGCAAUAUGUGAAAAAGUACAUUGUGAAUGUUUCUGAUAAUAUUCUCUUCAUGUGUAUUGGGCUCUCUGUCCUGUGGCAGUCUAUCAUCUUCACUUUGUAUCUUGGGAAGUGUAGUCUAUUCCAUAGCAUUCCUUUAUACAGAAUAGCCUAUAGAGCCCCACAGUGGAAGUGUCAUAAUAUCCAUAAAACCUAGCGGUGAAACAGGGAAAUGGUUCCAAUCGUUUUUCCACCAUUCAUUUUUCUCAUAGGGGAUUUUAGAAACACUUAAAAUAAGUUCUGUGUUUCGUGUAGGCUUACCCUGGUGUGAUGUUUUGAUAACCAUGUAAAUCUCUCUCGGACAAGGUGACUUUUAUCAAUAUAUUCAGCUCUAUUUACUCUCAGAUUCGAAAAUGCUAAUUAGCAUUCAAGUAUACAACAAAUCCCUGCAAGCUCCUGCAUGUCAUCUCAACUAACAGGUAUUAUAUCAAGAAAAAAAUGUAUUGCACAAGACAGUUCACAGAAUUGUCGUUUUAAAGAAAUGUUGCCAAUUUAUUAGGACUAAAUUUAGCUAACUUUAGAGAGUUAAUCCAGAGAUUCUCACCUUUGCUUCGAUUCGGCAGUCUCGUCCAGAUCAUCAUGGUAUUUGUAGUUUUUUUUAAUAGCCACAUUAGCAGCUAAAUAGCAUUUCAUUUGUGGGGUUAAAUACAGGCUAAUAUAUUGCUAAAAGUCACCUUGUCCUAGAGAGAUUUACAUGGUUAUCAAAAUGUAAUGCCAAGGGAAGCCUACACGAAACACAGCCCGUAUUUAUUUAUUUUUUCUAAAAUCCCCUAAUGGGCAAAAUGAAUGGUGGAAAAACAAUUGGAACCAUUUCUUUGUUUGACCGCUAGGUUUUAUGGGUAUUAUGACUCAUACUGUGGUACUCCAUAGCUAGGACAUUGUAAGGAACUAUUCCAGAAAGCGCUAUUGAUGUACAAUGUAUGUACAUCAUAACACUUAUGGUGUUAUGAUGUACACACUUUGCUUUGAUGUACUGUAUACAGCCUCUAUUCAUUGUGCCUUGUAGUCCUUUUUAAUCCUUCUGAGUGAAACUUUUACUCAUGAGGGAAUUACUGUUAAUCUACACUCCAAUCUGUUGAAAAGGGCUGGAUGAUACUGCUACAGUUUAGUCUCUCAAGACACCAUAAUAAUUCUACUUAAUUUAAUUCUCUACCCUUUCAUGAGUCCUUAUUCUGUGUUGAGUCGUUGUGUGGUGGUCAUCAUCAUCAUCACAAUCUUAUUCUAUUUUCUGUCAUGCAGCAUUGUGGGGGACAUCUGUCACAUUCUCUGAAGAUUGUCUGCGCUUCAUUGUCUUAUUUAUCCCAUGUAUGAUGCCCACUUUCUUUUAUAUUGUAUUUCAUCUCCCAUAAUGCCAGUGUUGACCUAAAUAUUGUUUUCAUGAGGCACUACCCUGACAUCUCAUAGGAAGAGUGAUAUGCAGAAGAAAAGGAGCAAGAUGUAAUAUGAAUGGUAGUUUUGGCAGUUUCACUACGUGUACUGUGUAGGGUAAAACAUGUUAGAUGUACUGUGUAGGGUAAAACAUGUUAGAUGUACUGUGUAGGGUAAAACAUGUUAGAUGUACUGUGUAGGGUAAAACAUGUUAGAUGUACUGUGUAGGGUAAAACAUGUUAGAUGUACUGUGUAGGGUAAAACAUGUUAGAUGUACUGUGUAGGGUAAAACAUGUUGUACUGCAGUUGGUGUAUUUAUCAGGUUAUUUUAUGACGAUUAAAAAAAGUGAUGCUGAUUUAUCGCUUUAACUAUGAUUGUAUUUUAUAAAGUAGGUUCUCUAGCAACCAGAUAUUGUAUGAAUGAAUGAAUGAAUAAAGGAAACUUUAAAAAUGGAAA